GCCUCUCUCUGGAGGCCUGAGCAAUGUGAGGCGGGAGGAAGUGAAACCUGCCCUGACAGGAAGUGAAAACAGGAUGGUGAGCUUUUCUGGUGCUUGUGACACAGCUGUCGGGGGACUCAGCAAACAGUCUGCAGUUUCUGGAGCUGCUCUGAGCUGUUGGCAAACACUGGUCUGAAGAGAGAUUCAAAGACUUCAUGAAGUUGCAGGGUUCUUCUAAAGUCCAGCUCUCUGAUUAGGAUGGUACACCUGCCAUAGCUGUGGCACAAGAGUAAAUAGUAUCCUGUUCCUUCUGAAAAUUCCCUCUUGGUGUCUGGUGUAGCUUAGAGCAUCCCAGUGUCCAUGGGUGGCCCAUCGGGGUGGCCCGCCCUGAUCUCCCUGCUUUUGGUGGUGGCGAUACCUUUUUUCUGCUCAGCCAUAUCCAUAGAUGAAGCACGGACCCAGCUGUUGAUGAGAGAGAAGAUGCUGCAGCUGGGGGGACAGCUGGUGCUGACUGAGCAGGAGGAGCUGGCCAACGAGAGGCUCAUGGCUCUCAAAAAGGCUGAGGUGGUGCAGGCCAUGAAGAUCCAGAAUUUCCCUCCCAGCAUCCACUUCUUCCAGGCCAAGAAUCUCAUCGAGAAAAGUGAGGUGUUUAGUAUCCUGAAGAAGAUGCCAAAAGGGGCUGCCUUACAUGUCCAUGACUUCGGCAUCCUGAGCAUGAACUGGCUGGUAAAAAAUGUCACCUAUAGACCUCACUGUCAUUUCUGUAUCACCCCGAAGGGGGCCCUGAAGUUCAAAUUUGCUUAUCCAACACCCCCUACCCCUAUGCCAGCAGAGUGUUCAGAGUGGGUUUUGCUGGAGAAAUAUCGAAAGGAGAUGCAGAACGUCACUGAGUUUGACUACGGACUGCUAAGGAAUUUCACGCUGAUGACCGAGAACCCAGAGGUGGAUUAUGCAAACCAAAAUAUCGUCUGGUCCAAGUUUCAAAGCAUCUUCUUCACAAUCUCUGGCCUUGUCCACUAUGCACCGGUGUUCAGAGACUAUAUUUUCCAGGCUCUAGAGGAGUUCUACCAGGACAAUGUGCUCUACCUGGAGCUCAGAGCCAUGCUGCUCCCGGUAUAUGAACUGAAUGGGACCAUCCAUAACCAAGAGUGGUCAGUGAGGACUUACAGAGAAGUGGCUUAUAUGUUUGCGAAAAAGCAUCCUGGAUUUAUUGGAAUCAAACUCAUUUAUUCAGAUCGCAGAUUAAAAAAUGUGUCCUUCAUCAUGAAAUCCGUCCAAACAGCUAUGAUGCUUCGGGCCACAUUCCCCAGGAUGGUGGCAGGCUUUGACCUGGUGGGGCGUGAGGACACUGGCCAUACCUUGUAUGACUACAGGAAGGCUUUGAUGAUACCCACCUUGCAGGGCAUUAAACUGCCUUACUUUUUCCAUGCUGGAGAGACAGACUGGCAGGGUACUUCCAUAGAUAGAAAUCUUCUGGAUGCUCUAAUACUGAACUCUACCAGGAUUGGCCAUGGAUUUGCUUUGACCAAACACCCAGCAGUCUGGGCUGACUCCUGGAAGAAGAACAUCCCCAUGGAAGUCUGUCCCAUCUCCAACCAGGUUCUGAAACUGGUGUCUGACUUGAGAAAUCACCCUGCUGCUGUUCUGAUGGCCACUGGGUACCCCAUGGUGAUUAGCUCUGAUGACCCAGCUGUCUUUGGUGCCAAAGGCUUAUCCUAUGAUUUCUAUGAGGCCUUCAUGGGCAUUGGGGGAAUGGCAGCUGAUCUGAGGACCCUUAAACAGCUGGCUAUGAACUCUAUCAAGUUCAGCACCUUGUUGGAUACUGAGAAAAAGGCUGCCAUGAAAACCUGGGAGGAAAGAUGGACUAAGUUUGUAGCCGACCUGGCUAGGAGGCCAAAGUGAGAAGAUAGCCAUUUAUUACCCUGUUCCUCUGCUUCCCUCUGCAAGCUGUUUUCACCUUCUAUCAUUCAUUCUUGAACCCACUCCAGUAUAGUUUCUACCUCCAUUUCUUUUUUAUUUUAUUUUAUUUGAUGGGGUGGGUGGGGGGGCACAAGCAGAGGGAGUAGGAGAGGGAGAAGCAGGCUUCCCACUGAGCAGGGAACCCGAUGUGGGACUCCAUCCUAGGACCCUGGGAUCAUGACCUGAGACGAAGGCAGACACUUAAUGACUGAGCCCCCCAGGUGCCCCUUUAUCUUUAUCAAAACUGACUUGUCAUCAAUGGUCUCUACAUUGCUUGACCUCUCAGAAACACUCAAACAGUCUACCAAACUAAUCUUUUUGAAAUAUUCUUUUCUCUCAACCUCAGUGACAUCAACUCUUUUGGUUUCUCCUUUCUCUCUGGCAGUUGCUCCCAGGGUCCCUUUUCCAGAUGCUCUUCUCUCUCAGAUCUCUGUGUUGCAUUUCCUUGGGGCUUAGUUUUGCCUCUCCUCUGUUAUGUCUCUGCUUCUCUCUUCUUCUCUCUCACUCUAUAGUCUUUUCCUAGAUAGUCUCAUCCACUCCUUCGCUUUUAAAUACCAUUUAUUUGCUGAUGAUUCCCAAUAUAUUUAUUCACUUGGAAGGGUCACAAGAAUUUCAGAAACCUACUGUGUGCAAUUCUGAACUCACAAUCUCUUCCCUUUCAACUUUUUCCUGGACUUUCUCAUCUUGGUAAAUGGGACCUCCUUCCAUUCCACCCAGCUUCUCUACGUAGAAUUUUUCAGUGAAUUUCUUGAUACUGUUCUCUCCACUUGGUCCCUACAUCCAAAUGUAUCUUGAAUCCUCCACGUAUCUCUAUCUCUAUUGCUAUUGGCUGAGUUCAAGCCACUAUCACUUCUUGUCUGAGUUAUAAUAGCCUCUUAAUUGAUCUCUUCUUUCUUUUCUUUCUUUCUUUUUUUUUUUUUUUGCCUUCUUCCUUUCAAUUUUUGCAAAGCAAUGACUUUUUUUUUUUUUAAGAUUUUAUUUACUUGACAGAGAUCACAGGUAGGGAGAGAGGCAGGCAGAGAGAGAGGAGGAAGCAGGCUCCCUGCUGAGCAGAAAGCCUGACUCAGGCUCGAUCCCAGGACUCUGGGAUCAUGACCUGAUCCAAAGGCAGAGGCUUUAACCCACUGAGCCACCCAAGAGCCCCCAGAGCAAUGACUUUUUAAAAAUUAAAUUAAAUCACCUUACUCCAUUGCUUACAAGUCAGUGCACUUAUGAAAAUUCAAAUGUUUCAGCAGGGCACAUAGCUUCCUUUUUAACCUGAAUCCCUUCCAGCAUCAUCCUACUCCGGUCCCUCUGAUUGUACCAGAUUCUGGCCACACUGGUCCUUUGUUUCUCAAAUAUCUUGAACUCUAUGCUGCAUCAGAGUCUUCUCCCAUUCUCUCUGCCUGGGAUAUUCUUUCUUUCCACUUUAUCUAACUAACUCCUGCUCAUCCUUCAGGGUUCACCUUUAAUGUCACUGUCUCAGAGAAGUUUUCUAGACCCCUAACAUAUUAAUAUCUCUCAUGGCACCUUGCUUUUCCCCUUCAUGACUCUUACUGUAAUUUGUAAUUAUAUAUUUAUUUCUGUGUUUAUAGUCUCCCUCCCUUAGACUGUAAACUCUGUGUAGGCAGGUACUAAUGAUUGUUUCAUGCACACUGUGAACCCAGAGCCUAGCUCCAUGCCCCAAACCUGGUCAGUACUCAAUAAAAGAUAAGUUGAAUGAAA